AUGCUGGUCUUCGGAACGGCAAAGGAGAAGAACAAGGCGGCGUACGAGGUACGAUUGCUUUCCAAAUCCAACAUCUUCAACAGAGGGUGUUUGAUUCAAGUAGGGGUAAUUCUCCCCCUGCUAAACCUCCUGAAUUCCUUUUCAUCGGGGAAGAAGAAGACGACCGCUCAAGAGAACGCCACUGCAGCCCUGUUGAAGCUCUCGAAGCACGCCGGCGGGAAGAGGGCAAUCAUCGAGAAUGAUGGAAUUCGAUCAAUUGUAGCCGUACUGAAAAACAGAUUCAUUUUGGAGUAA